UGGGUAGUUGGUUAAAUGACAGUCGCAAGGUGGGUACAUUAUUGAAAACAAAUAAUUGUCUGACAGAAACUUGAAGCACAACCUCAGUUAUCCUUGGAAAGAACAAUGUUUUCUUGGUUUAACAUCGUCUAUGUUUGGUGAAUUUUAUCUCACAGGAACUUUAUUGCCAUCGCGAACUAUGUUCAUGAAGGAAAAAUAGAAAGAAACUUUCGAAUGUGAUAAAACGUGACUUUUUAAUUAGAAUCAUCGACGUACAUAAAGUAAAAAUAGAUCAAUUACAACGACGUGGUGCCACAAUAUAUAAUUAUGAUAGUAAAUGCUUUUUCAUAAAAGCUCAAAGAAUUUCCUUCUGAAUGAACUCUUUUGAUAUUUCGGGCUAAAAUUCUGAAUUCAAAUACCAGGAGAGUAACAAACAAUGCAGUUCUGGCAAAAUACAAUGUCCUUGGAAUAAUCCUUAUUCAAACGACUAUCAAAGAUUUUCAAUUUGUUGCUUUAACAAAAUAAGAUUAUUCUCCAGCUGAAGAAUUCUAUUUAAUUACUUCUUAAACGAUACGUUCCUCAAAUUAUAGUUUGAAUGGGAGAUGACGAAAUCUAAUUAGCAUCAUAAUGAAAUGAUACUUUGAGCGAUUAUUACCUUUCUUAAAUUACGAGCUUUCAGUUUUACCUAAACAAAUACAGUUUUUCCAAGGAAAAAUUUGAAACAACAACAACAACAAAAGGUCUACUGUCUAAUGUCCCUGUUGCCCUUAUUUAUUAUACUUCUAUUUUGUUUUAAUAAUUGCUAUGAACUGAUCAAUUAAAACUAUACCAAAAAGACAUUUUUCUGGAUGGAAAAACCUGAUGAAAAACCAAAGAUUUAUCUUUAUGAAAAUUUACCUAUGUGGCUAAGUGCAAAGUCUCUGGAUGAUCUCUAAAUUAUAUUGAAAACAAAUUUUCAUAAGGUGUGUUUGACUAGCUUCGUUAACUACUCAAAUGAAUGGAGGAGAAAGGAAAAAAGAAGUGUAUGUUACGUUUUAGGCCUCAAACAAAUCUCCAUGGCAUCGUGUAAUAUGAAUGACGUUAAUCAAGACAAAAGAUUUUGAAAACUUUUAAACAAAAGCACCAAUAACAUUAUUGAUAAACGAAUUUCGGUACUGAGAUUUCUUAAGCUGCUAAUUCCCCAAUAAUUUACUGAGAAACGUAUGACUCUAAAGCUAUUAACUAAACACAAGAUACACAUAAGAACAACAUAACAAGCAACCGACAUUUGAACGACGGCAAUAAAAUGUACCGUUUUCUGUGGUGGGUAACCUUUACAGUAUAUAUCUUAACAUCCACAGGAGGAAGCCAGUAUGUGAGAGGGGUGUUAGACCGUCGACCACGCAACGUCGUCAGUAUAGGGCAACUAGUUGACGUUAUCGCAGAAGCUGUAGAAGUACGACUUCGUGUUUACUUCAAUGUACUCGAUACAAUUUUAGAAAACCACACAGGACUCGUCGAACAUCGUCUUAUAGCUGAUUUAACCAGAAUGGAAGCAAAACUGGAUAACCAGACAAGUUUACUUACAAAGCCUCAAGGGCAAGUGCGAAUCCUAGUUCCGGCCAAUAUGCGAGAGCGACCCUCACAAAUAACUUGUCCUCGUGCAGCGCGUAACCAACAGAAACGGACACGGUUAGUCCGUCCACAUGUACCUAUGAAGCACUGGCGCAUCUUGAUACCCGAACACCCAGAAUACUUUCCAUAUUAUGUCUCCCCAAUGCUAAAGGAUCAAUUUAACAAGCUGGAAGAGAAAAUCGAUAACUACACGUUCCUCUUGGCAGAACCAUUACUUAAACAACAAAAGAAAAACCAAGACGCUGAAAAGCGCUUUUUGGAUUGCACCAGUGUGGCACGUGACAACCGUUAUGCCACGAGCGGUAUAUACUGGAUUAACAUCCCGGGUGUCAAAGAAAGAAAAGCAUUCUGUACUAUACAAGCAGGCUCUGGUUGGACUGUUAUUAUGCAACGUUCUGACGGCUCUGUAAACUUUAACCGGCCGUGGAACGAUUAUAAAAACGGGUUUGGCAACGUGGACGGCGAAUAUUGGAUCGGUAACGAAGUAAUUCAUCGACUGACUCACAAUCGAACUGCGUUAAUUCGAAUUGUCAUGAAAAGUAUGUGGAUUUUAGGAGGAGAAGCUCAUUCACUAUACAGACAAUUUAGAAUCGGGAACGAAAGUUCCGGCUACAAGCUUUUCAUCGGUGGUUACGAUAAUUCGAGUACGGGCGGGGACAGCAUGACGUCAACAACGGAAUAUUGCAAAGAACCAUCGAAUAAUGGAAGUAAAUUCUCGACAAACGACAGAGAAAAUAACCCGUCAAAUUGUUCGACGGAACUUUCUGGUGGUUGGUGGUUUAGCGACUGUGGCUGUUCAAAUUUGAACGGACAGUAUAUAUCAGGUGGGUCUGUUAUCUCAGACAACAAAAAUGUCGGCGUCUAUUGGGAUUCUGUCUACAGGAAUUUGUUCGGCUUAAAAAACUCGCUCAGAGCCGUUAGAAUGGAGAUUAAACCGGCUGACGAUAGAAGAGAAUAAUAUACAUUAAACUUUUUAGCCAUAAACUUUUUAGCCAUAAAUCUGGUAUAAAUUAAAAAAGAAAAUGAAAUAAAUAUUCUUCAAGAU